UCCUGAACAACACCACUUAAUGUUAAACAAACCUAAAAACUAAGCAAAAAACCAAAAGAAUCACAAUUUGCAGUCAGAAGAGUAGGGGGAAAAAAAAAAAGAGGGUUGACUCCAUUCCUUGCCAUGUCUUCUCACAAGACUUUUAGGAUCCAGUGGUUUCUGACCAAGAAACAAAAACAGGAUUGUCCCAUUCUGCAAUGGAUUCAGAUGAAACCUGGUAAGAAAAUCUGGUACGACUCCAAGAGGAGACACUGGAGAAGAACCCAACUGGGUUUAUAAGAACUGCAUCAAGGUCACUAGCAUCCAUCUUUUCAUAUCAAGUUGAAAACAUUACCGCUAUCUGGGCAGUUGGAUAAGUCUUAUUGGGAAAAUGGCUUUUUUCUCUUUGUUUCUAUACCUUUGUAUUAGUAGGUUGGUUCAGUAAUAAAUAUGUGAGAUCAUUGGUUUGAAAAUAAAGAUAAAUAAGUGUAGUAAUGGAAGAAGGUAAAGUGUUUUAGGGAGUAAGGAUUUGCCAGUGUUGUUAAAUGACAUUCAAGGAUCACGUAAGGAAAGGACUAAACAGGCAAAUCUCAGAGAUAUUGCAAGUUUGCUUCCAGAACACCUCAGUAAAGUGAAUAUUGCAAGAAAGCAAGUCAAAUGAAUUUUUAGUUUCCCAGUGCAUAUAAAAGUUAUGCUUACCCUAUGUGGCCUAUUAAGUGUGCUAUAGCAUUAUGUCUAAAAAACAUACAUACUCUAA